CGCUUUGGCUGGAGAGGGGGCCGUGCUUAGGGCUGGUCCGAAAGGUGUCGGGGCGAGCCGGUCCCUCCCCUCAGAGACCCCAUUGGAGAGCGGGGGGCCUCCCGGGAGUGGAGAGGACAGUUGUCGCCCCGAGGGAGGAAAUGCAGCGGCCCCUCCCCUUGCCUCAGACCGCGGCGUGGAGGGGCGACCCCCGCAGCAGCAGUAGCAGCAGCAGCAGCUGAUGAAGCGCCCCGCCGCGUGCCUGGCCUGAGCCUCGGCGUGGCUGCAGGAGCGAGCGGGCGGGCGACGGAGCCGGGGCGCCUGCAGAGGAGAGCGCGCAUCGCAUCGCAUCGCCUCCUCGCCCCCGGGCAGCGCAGCACUGGCGUCUGCCGGAGAAUCCCCUCCCGCGCGGGUGGCUCACUGCGGAGAGAUGCUUUGAGGGACGGGGCGCGCGCGCUCUGGCCGCCCCAGCUCCCGGGGAGCAUCGUUUUGCUUUUCAAUUAUUAUUACUCUUUUUGUUCCGCCCCCUCCCUCUUCUGAAGGUGCCCCCCAAGGGCAUUUCUGCAAGUCCCGGCAGCCUCCGCAAGCCCACCCGGUCGGCUCAUUCGAGGAUGCCUCGGCCAGCCUGCGCUCCGAUGUGAGCCUCCCAGCCGUUGCGCAAAGUCGAGGAGGCUGCGGCUGUGCCGUGCUCGGGCUGAGGAGCGGAGCCCCCCGGGUGGGGUGGUUAUUCUGGGCGGCGUGUGUGGCUCUGCCUGAUCUUGAAAUCGGAGGCGGGGGGGUGGGAGAGGCGAACCAUGAGCCCGCCGGCUUCCCAGCGCCUCCAGCUCCGCAGCUGCGGUGGCCUUCGGUCACAUCUGGCCAGAUGACCAACGAGACAGGCAUGCCUCCGGCGGCAAAUGCAGGAUGCCGAUGCUGGGGGGGUUUCUGCUUCUCUGUGUGGCAAGUGGGAUCACGGUGUGGAAGGUGCCGCCUCUCUGGUCCUUUCUUUGCGACUGAUCCUUUGACGAUGAGGAGAGAAGCGGAGGUCGGCUCCUUCCAGGUGGCUUCUGCUGAGUAAACUUGCAAAGUUCUGUUUCCGCUGGAUGGUGAUUUUCCCUGAAGGUGCCGAAGGAAAGGCGGUGGAAUCGAGGUGCCUUCUCCUCUUUGUAUUUUUUUUUUCCUAUGCAUGUCGGUGUUGUUGAGGCUCUGUGCUACUGGCGUGCAAGCGAAUGGCCAAAGCUCUGGGGACAUUGAACAGGGACCAAAAUGCCAGCUGGGGAGACCUCACCUUUCUGGGUUUAUCUAGUCAGGUGUGUAACUAUUAUUUGCAUUCUGGGCAGAGAGCUACUCUGAUUCCUGGCCCCUGGAGGAGAGGAAGACCAGCCGACUGAUCUACCUGCGCUGAAGGAUUUGCAUUUGCUGACCCUUGGAACUUUAUUUGGACUCAGUCAGUGCUGCUUUGGCAAAAGUUCGGGAAGUUCUGUAUAUCUCUUUCCUGUCGGGUGUGAGAUGUUGCUCAGGUGAUCCAGCUGUUCCUGGCCAUUAGUGGGGAUUCUCAUGACUGAUUCUCUCCCUCCUGCUUCUUUUGUAGCUUGUCCCGCAAUCCCCCCCUCCUGUGCAGGGUAUGUCCCGCUCCAACAGUGUGAGCCCUCCGGGGUUUGCAGCCCCCACUGCACCCAGAGGUGGAUGUGCAGAGCAGCACCGGUCUGCAUGGGGGGAAGCUGAAUCCCGAGCCAAUGGCUGUUCCUACCCUUUUCCUACCAGGGCCUCCAUCAAGAAGUCUUCCCGUAUGGAGAGCAGGUGGCGAAGCGAGGAGGACUAUGAGCCACCGAGCAGCAGGAACCGAGGGGUAAGUGGCUGCAGGAUGCAGAGCUUCAGGUCCAAGUCUGCCUGGCAGGAUCAUGGCGGAGAGAAGAGCCAGCGCUCCCGUUGUGCAGGGGAUCCCUCGUUUGCCUCAAGCCCUAGGCGCUAUGGUGGGGAACAAGGGGAGGUGCGCCCACGUUCUGUGGAGCUGGGGCUGGAGGAGAAGCGCAUCAAAGCCAAGAUUGACGAACUGGAGGAGGAUGAGGAGCAGCUGGAUGAUGAAGGGCACUCGGAGUCUGGCUUCUCCAUGGGGAGCUGCUGUGGUAGCCUGCUGCAGAUCUUCAGGUCCAAGAAGUUCCAGUCGGAGAAGCUCGAGCACCUCUACCAGCGGUAUUUUUUCCGGCUCAAUCAAAGUAGCCUGACCAUGCUGAUGGCUGUAUUGGUCUUAGUGUGUCUGGUUAUGCUGCUCUUCCACACUGUUCAUGGCCAUUACCAAGUGCCCUAUGUGGUGGUGCUGUCCCUGGCCAUCCUGCUGAUGGUGGCCCUGGGCGCCAUCUGCAACCGCAACGAAUUCCACCAGGACCACAUGUGGCUCAUGUGCUACUCGGUCAUUUUGGUUGUGCUGGCUGUGCAAGUGGUAGGCUGUCUGCUGAUGCAGCCCAGGAGUGCCUCGGAGGGGAUCUGGUGGACCAUCUUUUUCAUCUACAGUAUCUACACCUUGCUCCCUGUCAGGAUGAGGGCCGCAGUCAUCAGUGGCGUGGUGCUGUCUGCCAUCCACCUGGCCAUUUCUCUUAAGAUUAAUGCAGAGGAUGAAUUCUUGUCAAAACAGCUGGUAUCCAACAUCCUCAUCUUUAUCUGCACAAACAUUGUAGGAGUAUGUACACACUAUCCAGCCGAAGUGUCCCAAAGACAGGCAUUUCAGGAGACCAGGGAGUGCAUCCAAGCUCGGCUACAUUCUCAGAGAGAAAACCAGCAGCAGGAGCGCCUCCUGCUCUCUGUACUUCCUCGUCAUGUUGCCAUGGAGAUGAAAGCCGACAUUAAUGCCAAAAAAGAAGAUAUGAUGUUUCAUAAAAUUUACAUCCAAAAGCAUGACAAUGUCAGCAUUCUAUUUGCGGACAUCGAGGGUUUUACCAGCCUGGCCUCCCAGUGCACAGCUCAGGAGUUGGUGAUGACACUGAAUGAGCUCUUUGCCAGAUUUGAUAAACUUGCAGCAGAGAAUCAUUGUUUACGUAUCAAAAUCCUAGGUGAUUGCUAUUACUGUGUGUCUGGGUUACCUGAGGCAAGAGCAGACCAUGCACACUGUUGUGUUGAAAUGGGAAUGGAUAUGAUAGAGGCCAUCUCAUUAGUGCGAGAGGUGACAGGUGUCAACGUGAAUAUGCGCGUUGGGAUCCACAGCGGAAGAGUUCACUGUGGAGUCUUGGGCCUCAGGAAAUGGCAGUUUGAUGUGUGGUCAAAUGAUGUUACUUUAGCCAAUCACAUGGAAGCAGGAGGCAAAGCAGGGAGGAUCCAUAUAACAAAAGCUACAUUAAACUAUCUGAAUGGUGACUAUGAAGUGGAGCUUGGUUUUGGAGGAGAACGCAAUGCUUAUCUCAAAGAACACAGCAUAGAGACCUUCCUCAUUGUACAAUGUAGCCAAAAAAGGAAAGAUGAAAAAGCGACGAUAGCCAAAAUGAAUCGUCAACGUACUAAUUCCAUUGGCCACAAUCCUCCACACUGGGGAGUGGAUCGCUCUUUUUAUAACCAUCUUGGUAGUAACCAAGUCUCCAAGGAGAUGAAAAGAAUGGGUUUUGAAGAUCCAAAAGACAAGAAUAUCCAGGAAAGCAUGAAUCCAGAAGAUGAGGUGGAUGAGUUUUUAGGUCGUGCUAUUGAUGCCAGAAGUAUAGACCGGUUACGUUCUGAACAUGUUCGCAAAUUCCUCUUAACAUUCAGGGAGCUUGACUUGGAGAAGAAGUACUCCAAACAGGUGGACGAUCGAUUUGGUGCAUAUGUGGCUUGUGCCUCCCUAGUCUUCCUCUUCAUCUGCUUUGUUCAAAUCACAAUUGUGCCACACUCCAUGUUUAUGCUGGGGUUUUACCUCACCAGUGUUGUGAUCCUGACCACAAUGGUGUUUGUUUCAGUUAUUUACUCCUGCAUAAAGCUUUUCCCAGCUCCACUCCAGACUCUCUCAAGGAAGAUUGUUCAGUACAGGACCAAUAACACCAUAGUUGGAGUCAUUGCCAUUAUAUUAGUUUUCCUGUCAGCCUUUGUUAACAUGUUCACUUGCAGCACCAUAGACCUCCUCAGUUGUGUGGCUGCAGAGUACAACAUCACCCCUCAUCAAGUGAAUGUGUGCCAUAUCAGCUAUUCUGCCUCCAAUUACAGCCUGGGAACAGUGCAAGGGUUCUGUGAUAGCUCUCAGCCUAGCUGCAACUUUCCAGAGUAUUUUACCUACAGUGUCUUAUUGAGCCUCCUAGCCUGCUCUGUGUUCCUUCAGAUCAGCUGCAUUGGGAAACUCAUUUUGAUGUUGAUCAUCGAAUUUAUCUAUGUUCUCAUCAUAGAAGUGCCAGGGGUUACCCUCUUUGAUAAUGCAGAUCUCCUGGUUACAGCCAAUGCCAUUGUUUUUUCAAAUGGGACAUGGAAUGGAGUAUGUCCUGCAGGUGUGUCCAGGGUGGCUCUGAAAAUUGUUACUCCUGUAGUCAUAACCGUGUUUGUCUUGGCGGUCUAUCUCCAUGCUCAGCAAGUGGAAUCCACAGCGAGGCUUGAUUUCCUUUGGAAACUUCAGGCUACUGAAGAAAAGGAGGAGAUGGAAGAACUGCAGGCCUAUAACCGGCGCCUUCUCCAUAACAUCUUGCCAAAGGAUGUAGCAGCCCACUUUCUUGCACAGGAGCGACGCAACGAUGAACUCUAUUACCAGUCAUGCGAGUGUGUGGCUGUCAUGUUUGCCUCCAUCAGCAACUUCUCAGAGUUUUAUGUAGAACUUGAGGCGAACAAUGAAGGGGUGGAAUGCCUGAGGCUCCUCAAUGAAAUUAUCGCAGACUUCGAUGAGAUAAUCAGUGAAGACCAAUUCCGACAGCUGGAAAAGAUCAAGACUAUUGGCAGCACAUACAUGGCUGCUUCAGGCCUUAAUGAUUCCACCUAUGACAAAUUGGGUAAAACGCACAUCAAGGCCUUGGCUGACUUCGCAAUGAGGUUAAUGGACCAGAUGAAAUACAUCAAUGAACAUUCAUUCAACAACUUCCAGAUGAAGAUAGGGCUUAAUAUUGGUCCUGUGGUAGCAGGGGUCAUAGGAGCCCGCAAGCCCCAAUAUGAUAUUUGGGGGAACACUGUGAAUGUAGCCAGUCGAAUGGACAGCACAGGAGUACCCGAUAGAAUUCAGGUCACCACAGACAUGUAUCAGGUUUUAACAGCUAACAACUAUCAGCUAGAAUGCCGAGGAGUUGUUAAGGUUAAAGGUAAAGGAGAAAUGACCACCUACUUCCUAAACGAAGGGCCUUCAACAAGUUAGCAGCAGUGGAAUAGACUGACUCGAGGAUGGCUCAGUUGAUUCACACACAACAGUUAAUCUGCUGUUUCGCAGCUAGCCUAACAUGGCACAGUUGAAUAUUUCAUGCAAUGCCUUUCUAGCGGGAUUGUGUGCAAGAAGAAAGCCAAGACCACCAUUUGGGCUGUUUAUCACACAAUCUAAAAGUUACCUAGCACUGCUGUGGAUUGAGUGCAAAUGAACUGACCAAAGAUUUAUCCUUAUGGAAUUCAGAGAUGAAGACAAGGAUUCGAAAUCUUCAAUGAUGCUGCUACGCAGGACAGAAGAUAUUUAAGUAUUUAUUUAAAGUAACACAUUAUUUUUACCUGGUUUAAGGAAAGUAUGAUUCAUUGUAUUGAAAGGGGGAAAAAUGAACAGCAUUACUGUGGCAAGGAUGUACACUCCCAUUCUAUUUCUGGUUUGUGCUGUCAGCUCCUUAAAGUGUGCCACUGUUCUUUUAUUAGCUAUUUUGAGUGGGCUUUUAAAAUUAAAAAAGUACUGCCCACUAUUGCCCUGUGCAGAGGGCCUUUUUAAAUAACAUCAUCCGUGAUGUUUUUAAAUGGAAGAGAUCCUUUGCCAUGUACUCUUACACUUACACACUUGGGAGACGGAUUUAAAAAAUGGUAGAAGGGGAAAACCCUUAAAACAAGGAAAAUAUGACUCUGCAAACAUAUUUAUUAAAUAAAAAAGGUUCUUCUGCCCAUUUGGCAUAUAUCUGUUUACAUGUCAAAGACUAGCUGUCAUCAUGAGGGAUAUCCCUCUGAAGUUGGUAUGUGGACUUUUUUAUAUUUUGUAAUCUAGAAAACCCUGAGAUCUCAUAGAUAUACCAAAAUUCUAUAUUUUGAAAAGUAUAUAUAUCUAUAUAUAUAUUAGUUGUCUGCAUGAGGAUCUGAUGCAGCACUGUGAGGGGGGGGCACACUCACAUCCACGAUUUAAACAGUUUCUCUCAACUGUUCAGCAAGAAAAUAGGCAAAGUUUUGCACCCCCUCCCUCCUCCUGAUCAACGUCCGACAUGGAAGACUUUCUCUAUGUUGACAAGUGAUAGAAAAAGGAAAAGAGAGCUCAAGCUGACCCCAAGGACUCUCUUUCCCCCUUUCCUUUCUCUAAGCCAGGGGUGUCCAAUUGGCAGGGGCUGAUGGGAAUUGUAAUCCAUGAACAUCUGAAGCGCCAGAGUUGGACACCCCUACUCUUAGCCAAUCAGGGCUGUGAGACUGUGCUGAGGCUCAAGGGGCUCCAAUGGCUUCAUGAGUCCAGCAAUGGCCUUCUGCUGUGCACAGAGUCCUUUAGGUUGUGGGGAAGGAGGCUAUACACACAAGGGCAUUUAGGGGGUGUACAUAAGCUAUACAAUGGUGUGAUACUCCCCCCCCCUCCCCAUUAUUCUCUGAACUACAGACUUGGCAGUUUUCAGAAAAAAACUAUAUAUAGUCUGUCUAAAAACAGAAGGGGCUUGAGGUUGAAAUUUUUGGUAGAAAUCAAGGGAGAGACCUUUGAUUAGACCAGGGGUCUGCAACCUGAGGCUCUCCAGAUGUUCAUGGACUACAAUUCCCAUCAGCCCCUGCCAGCAUGGCCAAUUGGGAUUUUACCAAUUGGCCAUGCUGGUAGAGGCUGAUGGGAUUUGUAGUCCAUGAACAUCUGGAGAGCCGCAGGUUGCAGACCUCUGGAUUAGACAAACAGAAAAGGAAGAUCAAAAGUUAUCAUGUGCACAAAUUUUAAUUCCUAACUCAGUGCAAGAAAUGAAUGUGUGUUCCGAACCCCUAAAUUGUCAUUUGUCAAGAGUAUUAUGACAAAAGCCACUUGCAAGUGUUCAUCAUCUAUAGCAAACAAGGAACAACAGUUAGCUAGGUCAGCCCUUUUUGAAAGACAGUUCACCAUUUACAGAUACCACAGAAUUAUUACUACUAUUAUUGGACUCUUGGAUUGAGGCUAUGAGAGUGAAAUUCCAUUACUUAAUUCACUGAUCAUGGAUUUGUUUGAAGAUUUAGACCAUGUUUUCAUUGGCAAAAAACAACAACACCCCAAACAAAUGAUGAAUUCUUCGAAGAUAUUGAGCCCACCUUGGUAAUCAAUUUUUUUUAAAAGGGACUUAACAAAAAUCUGAAUGUGCUGAAACAUUUUUAACUUUUAAACACAGCAUCCCUUCCUAUUUUAUUAAAAACAAGAAAAGUUUUUUAAAAACUAUAUUUUUGUAUUCCAGUAGGACAAAACUUUUGAUAUCAAAUUUGACGCUCUCUAAAAACAACAUAAACGUUAACAAUGCUCCUGCCUCCCUUUCUCAGGGCUGAAUUUUCAUAACCGAGACAUAAGCUUGAAUCUUGGGUCUUGUAGAUUUUGUCACGUUGCUCUACACCACUGCAGCAUCAAAGUGCUUUAACAUGGAGCUUCCACGGCACCAAUUUCUGGUUUGCCCCCUCCUUCCCUACUAGGGCACAUUCUGGAAACGUAUAGUUGCAUGACUUCUAGAAAACUGCCAAGCCUGCCCUUGUACUAUACUUUUGAACUAAAAGAGUCUAAUGUGCAAAGGUCUGUCCUUCCACAGUACUGCAGCUGCUGCUUCUUCACCUUCCACCAUCACAUUCAAUUACCACGUCCUAAUUUUAUUUACUAUCAUAACAUAGGAUCAUUUAAAAAAAAACAACCAAGGUUUUCCUACUGCUUUGAAGUGUGCAUUCUUAACAUUUGAGCAGACCACCUUAUGCGAUUGUGUUUGUCAAUGAAAUUUCGGUCGCCUGUAUCUCUGACUGUGAUUGUUGACUGUGUCAUGAUCAUUUCAAGGGGUAUGCACUCUUUAUUCUGGUUCUUGCAAAAAUUGAUACAGUUAUGAUUUCCCAUGGAAAUUGCAAUCUGUUUAAGUAAUUUAAUAAUUAUAUUAAACACUGUUUCACUUGU